UAUCGGCCGUAACACCAUGGAAACUAAUUUCUUCAAUAAAUACCUCCAAAGUCUCUCCAAUGGAAUCACUGAAAUCUGGCAAGACGAGAGCUUCACAGAUGUUGUUAUCACUGUUGAUGAUAAGACAUUCAACUGUCAUAAAAUUAUUCUUGCUUCUCUGUCUCCUUACUUUCAGGCCAUGUUCAGAGCCGGUAUGGUAGAGAGUCUCUCUGGUAUUGUCCAUCUGCAGGACAUUCAGCCACACAUAUUCGAGGCUGUUCUGAGGUUUGUCUACUCUGGCAGCAAUGUGAUUGGCUCAGAUAAUGUAGAAGGCCUUCUGAUGGCUGCUGUCAUGCUACAGAUCACCUGCCUGCAGGAGCAAUGUGAACUCUACCUCAAGAAUCAGAUUGUUCCUGAAAAUUGCCUUGGCAUUUGGAAAAUGGCUUCAAGACUCAGCUGUAGAGAUUUGGCCCAUAAAUGCUGGACAUACAUUCUUGAGUUCUUCUCAACCGUGAUAAGGUCUGAUGAAUUCAAGCAAAUCACUGCAGAUGAUCUCAUCGAAAUUAUCAACGACAAUGAUCUGAACACAACCUCUGAAGAAGAAGUGUGCAAUGCUGUUUUGAAAUGGGUUAAUUUUGAACCAGAUAUUCGUAAGCAAGAGCUUGGAAAGUUGUUCCGAAAUGUGCGCUUUCCACUUGUAAGUGUUAGGUAUGUAAAGGAUUUGAGAUGUCAAGAAUUGAUUUUGAAAUCAGAUGAGUGCAAUGCUUUGCUCAAGGAUGUAUACCAGUAUCUUACUUCCGAACCACAGAAUCUUGGAACACAGUUGCCAAGCUACUUGUCCGAAAUGUCCCGCAAUUGCCUACACAGACAGGAAGAUAUGAUGUGUAUUAUUGGGACCAGAAAUCGACCCCCCAAUGUACAAGUCACGGAAAUAAAAUGCUGUAGUUUUAAAAGAGAUGCAGAGAAUAUGCUAGCCUCCUUGCCGUCAGAGCCUGGGGCAUGUUUUGCAGUUACAAAAUGUCGGGAUGACAUCUAUGUAUCAGGGGGAUACCACGGACAAACUCUUGUGCUGCAGUAUGUCACUUCUGAUAACAGGUGGCAGUUCUGUAGCCCCAUGUUGGAAGGCAGAUGGGGUCAUUCUUUAGUCGAGGUUCAAGGCUGCUUGUAUGCAAUUGGAGGCAGCUCAGGUAUUUCAGAUACUCUAUCAAGCAUUGAAUGCUAUGAUCCAAAGUUGAACCAGUGGAAACUAGUGGCUGGCCUUGUUAUUCCAGUAUCAUUUAUGCCUACAGCCGCAAUUGGCACUAGAAUCUAUAUAUUUGGAGGGAAAACAAGAGAUCGAACACUAUCAACAAAACUUCAGUGCUUCGACACCGUCUCCAGACAUUGUUUCAUUUUAGAGGACAUGCCGCUUGUGCCUUCGAGUGCUAGUCGUGUGGCAGAAGUGGACAGGACAGUGUACAUAUUCUAUCGGCGUGGUGAUAUCAUGGAGUUUAAGGGGGAAAAAGUAACUGUUGUUGGCCACAUGCCUCAUUUCGACCACUUUGGUGUCAUGCCCCAUGAUGGUCGUUUACUGAUUGUGGGCUGUCAGAGUAACCAGUAUUCCACUGUGGUGUUUGACCCUGCAACAAAAGAGAUGGCACCAUAUGGGCGUACAAUCAAGGCCGCUGUGUGUAACUUCUACUGCUUGCCCAUAACAAUGAGUCGUCAGCAUACAUGUCUGGUGGAGAAUGAAGAACUUGCCUCAAGUGUCUAGUAACAUGUACUGAUGAGCAAAUCUGAUGAUAUAAAAUUGCAAUUUGACAGUUUAUGACUGUUUUUAAUAUAUAGAUGCAAAUGUAGAAUAGCACUUAUAUUAUGUAUUGUUACCCAAUGUGUCUUUUCCUAACAAUAACUAUGCUCUGAAAAUGGCAAUCAAUACUUUUGUUUGUAGAAAAUGUUAUUGUUUUGCUUGUUAUCAAGAUCAUUAUUGAAUAUGAAAUAAAUUAUAUUCAAAUA